GGAGGGAGAAGCGCCGGAGGCAAAAGCGCAUGCGCGAAUAGCGCGUGGCGCGGAGUUACGAGAGUUUUAGUUUUAGUCCGUUGGUCUCGUCCCUUCGCGCGCAUCGCAAGCGCGGCAACCUCUUCCUCGAUUAAUUUCGAGGGCCCCGAGCGGUGCAGCCGCCCCCCAAAAAGCGCGCCUGAGUUGCUGCAACGGGGGCGAAGAAUAACCCGCAAGGGGGCACCGAUUGCAGAUUUAUUUUCCUUUUAAUUUUAUACACAAUAUGUAAUUUCCGAAAACUGCUGCACGUGGAACUGAAGUGAAUAAGUGUAAUUUUACUCGAGUAAUUAAUUGUGAGAACUGAGAGAAGAAGGAAGUAGAAGGUAACCCUGCGCGAAACAGAAGAAAUUUGCAGAACAAACGACGCGGGAACAAGACAACGACUGUUUUUUAUCAGCAAUAUCCACGAUCAUUGAUCGCGUCAAAUAAUUUUUACAACGUAUAAUUUUUAAACGCGAUCACGUGUCACGUGCAACGGUUAUCUUCGGUUGAGCCGAAGGAUUAAAGGUGGGAAGACAGCAAAUGUUUACCCCAAAUAUUACACAUAAAUAAGCGAUCGUAAGGAGAAUCUGAAGUGAUUUACGGGUAAACUCACACACCGAGUGUACGAGAAAAAACGCUCUGCGGCCAACGAGGAUGGAGGGCUUACAUAUCGAGUCGAGAAAAUUGGAGGUGAACGCUAACCACGAGAAAAUGGCGGGAAGUAAGAAAACGGAAAUGAUAACUCGGGCACAGCGGCGAUGGCGUCUCUUAGCAAGGGCGUUGACGAGAUCGCCGGAGCCGCAAGAAGAUGCCGAGGAGUCAGAACCGGACCCGAUUUCGGUGAGACGGUUCACCAACUUCGGCCUGGUGAACGCGGCGGCGUUGGAGAACGUGGUCGGGGAUCAGGAUUCGACUUGGUACUCGUACGCGGCGACGAUAGACCGGAAGUGCUUCGCUGUCGACGUGAGGGAGGUGAACAGGAGCUUCACGGCGAACGAACUGAUCGGCUUCAAUAACACGGGUAACAUUUGCGUAUGGCCGUCGGAGGAGUGCUUGGCUCAUUAUCUGCUGAGCAACCGGGAUAUUUGCCGGGGAAAAACGGUCCUCGAACUUGGCGGAGGAAUGAGCUGCCUUGCCGGAGUCUUCGUCGCAAAGUACUGUAAACCCGCAUCCGUCACCCUGACCGACGGCAAUGUCACCAGCGUUGAUAAUGCUAGGUGUAUCGUCGCCAGGAACAAAUUGGACACGUUUAUAGAGUGUCGUGUCGUUCAGUGGGAAAGGGCAGCUAAGGAUCUCAGGCAGGAUGACGCCAACGCCAAUCAUACGUGGUCGACGGAAUGGAACCAAUCGGAAUCCCGACGCACAUCGCAGGCCGGACUCUACGACGUGAUCCUCAGCGCGGACUGUCUGUUCUUCGACGAGGCUCGGCUCGACCUGGUCGAAACGAUAUUCGGGUGGCUGGCGGAUGAUGGAAUUGCGCUGAUAGUGGCGCCGAGGCGAGGUUCGACUUUCGAAAAGUUCACGGACGCCGCGAUUCAGCGGGGCUUCACGACCAGGCAGCGGGAAUUCUACGACCCUCGAGUUUGGUCGAGGCACCUGGAGCUCGUCGGGCACAGCCAGGAAUACUGCCCAGACAUCCAUUACCCGCUACUGCUCGAGCUGACCAAGAAGCAAAUCAAGGCUCCCGGAUGACGGAAGAUUUUUACCGAUCAGCAAUCUGAUUUCGUUCCAGCAGCGUUUUGCUGUUUUAUUAAAUUUUGUCGAAUUUGUUGCAAUACAAGAUUGGGAAACGGCCGAUCAGGGCGCAAGUUUUUCUGUGUUCUUAAGUUCUGGUUCUGCGAUUUUCGUUUUACCCCUUCUCGGAGAAUCGAGGAGGUACAAAUAAUUGGGAUUCAUUGUUUCGGAAACAGAGAACCGGAA